CAUUCUAGAGCUUGGAAAAUGCAACGUGACGCUCUUACAGACCUGCAGUGAAGAUAGACUGAAGAAACUAAUUUUAUCUAAAAAUAUUAAGACUAUCCUGACCACUUACUUUGCAAGAGGAACUUUGACAACCUUCCCAUAGAACAAUUGGAGGGGACAGAUGAAGAUGAACUCAAAAAUUCAGAUUACAGUAUGAAAUUUAUGCAACAUGCAUUUCGGACAGAAAGAUCCUGGAAGGCACAUUUGUCUUCUUUGUAUGAUACAACAAAAAGCAGUUUGGUAGCUGAUAUUUUUUCGCCGUGGUACCAGUGUCUUCUGCACCUAAAACACCAUGAAGCUUCUGAGAUCUCACUUCUUCAAGGUCCUCCGUAUGUCCUUUCAAACUCAAGAGGGAACAAUCAUAAAAGCAUGACUAUAAGAGACAGACAAUGGAAGAACAUACAUUUAGGAGACCAAAAAGAUUGUGUCAGGCUUGAGUGUAAAUCUGUGACAGCCUUUAGUGCAUUAUUCACCAUCUCAAGUGAGAGUGAAGGACUGACCCUUGUUCUGUGGGAUCUGGAGACUCAAGUCAUCAUGCGCUCUUGUGUGGGCAAGAACUCAUUUUUUGUGGAAUGUAGCAGAGAGGAGCAAUUAUGUCUCAUCUUUUCAGAGCCUGGUCUCUCCUUGUUUCUGUUUGGCAUGACUCAACAGGAAUUCUUGAAUCGACUUAUAAUCCACGGAAGUGCUGGCUCCGUAGAUUCCCUUUGCCGGCUCAAUGAAUGGGGAAGGUGCUCUAUUCCUGUACAUGCCUUGGAGGCUGGUUUAGAAAACCGUCAGUUAGACACUGUGGAUUUUUUUUUAAAGAACAAGGAGAAUCUCUUCAGUGACUUCUCAACUUGCUCCUUGGAAGAUAAUUCUGCAAGAGAAAUGUCCAAUUUUUACUUGAAGAGUGUGGAAGAGUUGAGGCCAGCCUUGGAUUUGCUUUGCACGGCAAUCCGAGAAAAUGAUUUGGAAGCACAGAGCAAGCAUUUCUCUGAGCAGCUGUUGAACCUCACUUUGUCUUUCCUUAACAAACAGCUCCGUGAUAUUUUUAUCCAUCGAGAAGAACUGGAUGAAAAUUUGGACACAUGUGUUGAGAUUUUAACCAGCUACAUCACUAAACUUAGGACAUUUAUGAUAAAGUUCCCUUGCAAGCGUUCCAGUGUCGUAAGCGUACCUUGUGAUCUCGAAGAAGACGUGCCCCAAAUUGAACAAAGUCAGAUGUGGGAAACGUUCGAUAUAGAGCAAACUAUCGCCGAAGCCAUUUUAAGCAACAAGCUGCCCGAGGCUCAGACCUUUUUCUGGCUGACUCGCAAUCCUGUCCACAACCUCAAGGAGCUGAACCGGAUAGGACAGGAUCUGGUUUACAAAAGCCUUCUGAAGAAUGACAUCAAAGAAGCCUCCAAACUCCUAAGAAACAUGGGCUUCAAUGUGAUGGAGCAACUGCACAGAAUAUGUUUCUACAUAACCGAUCGGCAUAUCCGCGAUUUCUUGGUGAACAUGCUGCAAGCCGAAAACUACUUUUCUGAAACUGAGAAGGAAAUUAUAGACUUUGUGCAUCAGGUGGAAAAUGUUUAUUCAGGAGCCUUCCAGGAGAAUGGAAAAAAUACAGCCCAGUCCAGCUCUUGGAGAAAAGAACAAGACCUUUCUACCCACAUUGCUGCCUUGGAUGCAUUUCUGAAUUGCAGAGAAGACAGCGUUCAUAACCAGGAACACAGAGUUAUGAUAAACUGGGCUCAGUGGUGGGAUCAGUUUACCCAAGAGAUGAUUCUGCUCCCUGAAGGUAACUUCAAGUCAUGUAAUUCAGAGGUUCUUUGGAUGCAUCUGUCAUCUUGGCACGACUGGAUGAAUAUCAGUUCAUGGAUGACGGAAUCUCAGCCUCAGGAUAGCAGCACAAACUGGCCGCAACUUGCUAUAGGGGCCAUUGAUCAGAAAUCAUUGUGUAGCUGUUUCAUGCGCAAUGAAAUACUGGACCACCUGGCUAGGAAUGGGACUUUUGUACCAACAGAACUAGAAGACUUUGAAUGCCUUCUCGAAAGAUUGGCCCUCGUUGGAGGAGUGAUGCAGAAUCCACACCCUGUUCCAGAACGUAUGCCUGCUGGCGGCUCAGAUUUCCAUGUCUGCUUUAUCCUUUACUGUUUGGAACGUGGGCUUGAUCAUCUUCUCUACAUCUAUCUAGAUUACUACAGUUUAUUUUCUUCAAACUGCCCCAUUUUGGAUGAUAAAGCAUUGCAUGAAGCUCACCCUUGGUUUGAAUUUUUAGUGCAAUGCCGAAGCAUUGCCAGCAAACCUGGAGAUGCAAAAAUGAUUUUUCAGGCUAGUUUAGCAAAUGCCCAGAUCCUGAUUCCCAGCAACCAGGCCAGUGUGAGCACUAUGCUUCUGGAGGGACGAACACUUCUUGCACUUGCCACUACGAUGUACACUUCUGGAGGCAUUGACCAGGUUCUUCAGGAUGGAGAUGAAGGUGAGAAAGUGGACACCCAGCUCUUCAGGAUGGCGCUUGCUCCUUAUCCCAAGCUCAAAGCAGCCCUCUUCCCCCAGUACACCUCUCACGGAAUCUUACCUUCAGACAUCUCUCUGUACCACCUUGUUCAGUCCCUAGUUCCAUUUGAUCCCACUAAAUUGUUUGGCUGGCAGUCAGCAAAUACUCUUGCCAUUCCUGAGCUUUGCAGUGACCUGCCUCACUUCUCGUGCCCCGUGCUCAUCAACAAAAACGCUGUAAUCGAACGCCUGGAUUUCUGCUACUAUUUGCGUCAUGAACGCCCCUCGUUUGCUUUUGGGACGUUUUUAGAACAGCAGCUGGCGAAGAGCAAAACCCCGAAGCAGCUGAUUCAGCAAGUAGGCAACGACGCCUAUUCUUUGGCUCUCUCUUCCUUUUACGUGCCUUCCAUUGCUGCAGCCUGUGUCUGCUUUUUGGAAUUCCUGGGCCUGGAUAGCCUCAAACUCCGGGUGGAUAUUAAAGCUGCAAAUAUAAUUUUGAGCUUCAUGUCUAGGAGAGAAGAGCCUCAAUAUAACUCUAUCAGGCAGUCUUUGGUGGAAAAGCUAACAGAACUGGCUGAUGGAGGAAAAACAGCACCAGAAGAGCUCCUUGUCUGCUUAGAGGAAGCGGUUUGGGAUAAAAUUGAGAAUCAAAAGAUAAAGAAGACCUCCGGCGAUGCAAGAAAGCAAUGGUCCCUGGUCGUGCAGUUUUGCAGGCUCCACGACAUCAAGCUGAGUACGUCGUACCUGAAAGUGUGCGCGAGAUCCAGUGAAUGGCUGCAGUUUAUUACUGUAUCCCAAAUGUACAACUUCCCGCCAGCUGAGGUCAUCCCCAUCUUCCAGGAAUUCUCCCCUCCCCUGCAGGAUCACUUGAGGCUGGCCUUUGAGAGAUUGCAGUCCUCGGGCACUUGGCUGGAAGGCCAGGUGGGCUACGCCUGUCUCCUGAGGCAUGAGCGAAAGCCCAGCACGAAUGACCUGUUCCACCUCCUGCUUCUGUGCCAGGAGCAGCUGCAUCCCUGGCGUUUCCUCCUGGCUGAAGCGGUGAAGCACCGCGUUCCCGUCCUAAGCGUGCUCGCUGCCUGCUUCCAGGAUGCCAGCAUUGUCCAUUGCCUCUGUGUUUGGAUAAUGACGUCCUUGGAUAGCUCCACCACUGACGAGGUGACGAACCGCAUGGAAGGCUCAGUGGAAGCCCAUGAGUGGGAUCUUCUGGACUUGGCCACUCUCUGGCAGGUGCUUUUAAGGAGACAGAAAAUCCAGACACUUCUUCAUGGUUUUCAGUUCUUUCUGAAGGAUUCCCCUCUGCUGCUGCUGCUGGAGGUGUACGAAUUGUGCAUGGACUACAAAAGCUACCACGAAGCCCAAGCCAGGCUCCUUGCAUUCCAAGCCAGCAUUUCAGAACUUCCAGCCACACGUGAUGUGCCGCCUCCCAUCCUCCCCAGGCCCUGGGUGGAGUCACAGGCUUCAUUUCUCCUUGAAGUGAUGCUGCAGCAAUGCAGGACCCAGUACGAGUUAGGAAAACUCCUUCAGCUUUUUGCAGAUACCAACGUUGCUCUUCCUCACGGGCCAGAUUUGAAGAAGCUAAGUGCCCUCAGCUCUGUCUUGAAGGAUUCUUCUGUCUUAAUUGAUCGUGCCAUUUUAAGCAGUUACACUGUUGAGAAUUUCCAGAAUGAGUGCAGAAGAAUUCUGGAACAGCUGCAGGAGAGACGCGCUUUUUCCGUGGCACGGGAAGUGGCAGAACUUGCAGAGUUGCCUGUGGACAACGUUGUUAUCCAAGAGGUGCUCCAAAAUAUACACCUCUUGAAACAGAUUGGCCAUUGGUAUCAAAAGCGGACGAGGAUCGAGUUCUGGAAAAAGUGUCACGAAAGCUACGUGAGAAAUGCCAUCUCACACCCAGCAGCCUCUGCUUUCUUCUUGGCUCAGGCGGACGUUUUGUCCUCUGAGUCCUUGGGCGAUGAGAGAGCAUCGAGGGUCCUUGAGAGGCAACUUUUGCUUACCUUGGCUGGCCACUGGCUAGCUAAAAGUGACCCAAUUCCACUUGAUGAGCUUGAGCAUAUUGAAAGAGAAAUUUGGCUUUGCCGCAUCACACAACAGACUCUGAGCCAGGGCACGGGGCAGGUCAAGCAGAGAUUCUCUCACCAGAUUUCCAUGAGUGGUGAACUGUCCUUUGACUCCCUAGCCAAGGAGUUCUCCUUUUCUAAGCUAGCUGCUUUAAAUGUGCCCAAGUACUUGCAGCUUGAGAGUUUGCCUUCCCAAGAUGCACUGCACGCCAUGCUUUCUGAGGCCGAAUUUGAAUCGCUGAGUUUGCUAAUCGGGCACCUUCUGGAUGAGGGCAGUGUGCACGAGGCCAGCCGCGUUUGCCGGUAUUUUAACUUCUACAGUAGAGACGUCUCCUUGGUCUUGCACUGCAGAGCGCUGGCUUCUGGAGAAACCCCUCAAAGCUGGUUUCACCCAGAUAUCCAAGCUGUCCUUGCAGCGCAAGAAAAAGAGGAAAGCAAGGGCAAGAGAAAUGGAGCAGAGGGCUCUCAGAAGAAACGACUGCAGAGCGCCUCCAGCCUAGAGUGGCGGUCUUUGGUGGAGGCGAUGUGCCCACCCCAGGAGGUUGUAGGUAGCCUGCAGGCUCUCAUUGCAGAGUGUGUACAUGGGCGGAACUACUGCAGGCAGGUCCUCUGCCUGUAUGAACUGUCCAAGGAGCUGGGCUGUUCCUUCGGCGAGAUCUCCACCCAUGAUUCUGAGAAGCUGCUUCGGGUGAUCCUGUCCUCCCAGCAGCCAGACAGGUGCAAGAAGGCCCAGGCCUUCCUCACCACCCAGGGGCUGGAGCCAGAGAUGGUGGCGGAGCUCGUGGCUGAGGAAGUCACACGAGAACUGCUGGCGCCUUUGCAAGGAAAAGGGAAAAAGCAAGUCUUAAAUCCAGCAGAGGAGAGCGAGGCGUUCCUGCAGUUGGCCAAACUGUGCCAGGACCCCACCCUGGUUGGCGUGAAGCUAUUGGAUAAAAUUUCAUCUGUCCCUCACGGGGAGCUUGCCUGCACUACAGAGCUCCUGAUCCUCGCCCAUAAUUGCUUCAGCCUCACGUGUCAUAUGGAAGGGAUUAUUCGCGUUCUCCAAGCUGCCCGAACGCUCACGGACGAACACUUAGCACCCAGCGAAGAAUACGGCCUUGUGGUUCGACUUCUCACCGGCGUCGGCAGGUACAACGAGAUGACCUACAUCUUUGACUUGCUGCACGAGAAGCACCACUUUGAGGUGCUAAUGAGAAAGAAGUUGGACCCGAGCGGGACCCUCAAGACGGCCCUGCUGGACUACAUCAAGCGCUGCCGCCCAGGAGACAGCGAGAAGCACAACAUGAUCGCCCUCUGCUUCAGCAUGUGCCGGGAGAUUGGGGAGAACCACGAGGCGGCAGCCAAGGUCCAGCUGAAGCUCAUUGAAUCCCAGCCUUGGGAGGAGUGCCUUCAGAACGUGCCACACCUGAAGAAGCUCCUGAUGAAAGCCCUGACCCUCUUUAUCGACGCUGCUGAGAGCUAUUCCAAGGACUUCUGUGUGCGUCAGUCCUUGCGCUGCAAUAGGCUGACAAAGCUCAUUACACUGCAGCUCCACUUCCUGAACACCAACCACAAAACCAAGCUGAUCAACCUGAGCAAGAAGAGCCUGCUGGAAUGUGUCAUGUCCCUGCCCAGGUUCUACCAGGCUGCAGUGGUGGCUGAGGCCUAUGACUUCGUUCCAGACUGGGCUGAAGUCCUGUAUCAGCAAGUGAUUGUAAAGGGGGACUUCAGCUACCUGGAGGAGUACAAGCAGCGUGGCCUGCUCAAGGCGAGCACAUUUGAGGAAAUUGCCCAGAAGUUCAAGCAGCGUGCAGGCAAUGAACCGGCUCUAAAAAACCUGAAGAAGCUGUUGACCUAUUGCGAUGAUAUCUAUGUGUAUUACAAGCUAGCUUAUGACAACCAGUUCUACGACGUAGUGAACAUGCUUCUGAAGGAUGCCCAAACAGGUUGUUGUUUGAAUGACCUGCUGGCAAACUAGACUCUGCCUCACUGGAAGAAGAGCUGGAGCCAUCACUGAUGUUAUGGUGAACUUAAAACAGACCAGAAGACAGCUUGUGCAUAAGCAGUUAGAUUUUCAGUAUCGGAAACAUUCAAGACACUAAACGUUUCUAUCAGCCACACUAAACAGUGAGGCGGAUCAUUAACCUUAGGGUUGGUUUCAAAUUAAUAUUGACUUCUGAUGUCGGAAUUGAAUAAAACUGGCAUUUGUAUGUAAGAACUUCA